CCGCCGAGACCGAAGCGAGCCCGGCGGCCCCUCCCGCGCCCCUCCAGUUUCUGAUCUGCGCCGCGAAAGCGCCGAGUCCCGACUCUCCAACCGGUGUUGCCGGGACCCCAGGGCCGCCGGAGCGCUCGCCCGCUGCGCGUCGUCGGAGCACCGCCCUCCGGCCGAGGAGCGGCAGGACCGCGGGGGCGGGGGCCCGGGUCCCGGCCCCGCCCGGAGUCCCGCGCGCAGGAGCCGCCUCCGCCGGCAGGCAGCUCCGGGCCACGUUUUGCAGGCGGCCGCCUCUGCCUCGCGGUGCCCGCCGCCCCCAGCCCGGCACUACUUGGGCCGCGCGGUGGAAGGACACAGUGAGGGCGCCGUCGUCGGCCGCACGGCGCAAGGAUCCGCGCUGCGAGGUGCUGAGGCCGGGCUGUCAGUCACUCGGCGCGGCGCGCGCACGCAGCUCGGCGCGGCUGGCGGGGAGCGAGUCCGCCCAGGUCGCCGUCCUCCGCCGGCAGCCGGCCUCCCCGGGCUGUUGCUCCGCCGCCGUCCGCGCCCGAGGGCACAGGGUCGACCGCGGCACGAGCGUCGCUCGCAGCCAGCAGGGAACAAUGCUGCGCACCGAGCAUCUCCUCUGGACGUGGCUCCUCCUGGGAACCGCAGCUUCUCUGCAGGUGGAUAUUGUCCCCAGCCAAGGGGAGAUCAGCGUCGGGGAGUCCAAGUUCUUCUUAUGCCAAGUGGCAGGAGAUGCCAAAGAUAAAGACAUCUCCUGGUUCUCCCCAAACGGAGAGAAGCUCACCCCGAACCAGCAGCGGAUCUCGGUGGUGUGGAAUGAUGACUCAUCAUCCACGCUCACCAUCUACAACGCCGACAUCGACGACGCAGGCAUCUACAAGUGCGUGGUCACCAGCGACGAUGGCAGUGAGUCAGAGGCCACGGUCAACGUGAAGAUCUUCCAGAAACUCAUGUUCAAGAACGCGCCGACGCCACAGGAGUUCAGGGAGGGGGACGAUGCCGUGGUUGUGUGCGAUGUGGUCAGCUCCCUGCCCCCCACCAUCAUCUGGAAACACAAAGGCCGAGAUGUCGUCCUGAAAAAAGAUGUGCGAUUCAUAGUCCUGUCCAACAACUACCUGCAGAUCCGGGGCAUCAAGAAAACAGAUGAGGGUGCUUACCGCUGUGAGGGCAGGAUCCUGGCGCGGGGGGAGAUCAACUUCAAGGACAUCCAGGUCAUCGUGAACGUGCCGCCCACCGUCCAGGCCCGGCAGAGCGCAGUGAAUGCCACCGCCAGCCUUGGCCAGUCCGUCACCCUGGCAUGUGAUGCUGAAGGCUUCCCAGAGCCCACCAUGAGCUGGACCAAGGAUGGGGAGCAGAUAGAGAGCGAGGAGGCCGAGAAGUAUGUCUUCAGCGACGACAGCUCCGAGCUGACCAUCAGAAAGGUGGAUAAGGGUGACGAGGCCGAGUAUGUGUGCAUCGCCGAGAACAAGGCUGGGGAGCAGGACGCGUCCAUCCACCUCAAAGUCUUCGCAAAACCCAAAAUCACUUACGUAGAGAACCAGACGGCCAUGGAGCUGGAGGAACAAGUUACCCUCACCUGCGAAGCCUCGGGAGACCCCAUCCCCUCCAUCACCUGGAGGACGUCUACCCGAAACAUCAGCAGCGAAGAAAAGGCCUCGUGGACUCGACCAGAGAAGCAAGAGACUCUGGACGGGCACAUGGUGGUGCGGAGCCAUGCGCGUGUGUCGUCCCUGACCCUGAAGAGCAUCCAGUACACAGACGCCGGAGAAUACACCUGCACGGCCAGCAACGCCGUGGGCCAGGACUCCCGGGCCCUGUACCUGGAAGUGCAAUAUGCCCCCAAGCUGCAGGGCCCCGUGGCUGUGUACACUUGGGAGGGGAACCAGGUGAACAUCACCUGCGAGGUGUUUGCCUACCCCAGUGCCACAAUUUCGUGGUUCCGAGAUGGUCAGCUGCUGCCAAGCUCCAACUACAGCAACAUCAAGAUCUACAACACCCAGUCUGCCAGCUCCCUGGAGGUGACCCCAGACUCCGAGAGUGAUUUCGGGAACUAUAACUGCACCGCGGUGAACCGUGUUGGGCAGGAGUCUCUGGAAUUCAUCCUCGUCCAAGCAGACACCCCAUCCUCACCGUCCAUCGACCAGGUGGAGCCCUACUCGAGCACAGCACAGGUGCAGUUUGAUGAACCCGAGGCCACAGGCGGGGUGCCCAUCCUCAAGUACAAGGCUGAGUGGAGAGCAGCGGGCGAGGAGGGGUGGCACUUCCGGUGGUUCGAUGCCAAAGAAGCCAGCAUGGAGGGCAUCGUCACCAUCGCGGGCCUGAAGCCCGAGACGACGUAUGCCGUACGACUGGCCGCCCUCAACGGCAAGGGCCUGGGAGAGAUCAGCGCCGCCUCCGAGUUCAGGACGCAGCCAGUCCAUAGCCCUCCUCCACCGGCUCCUGUUAGCUCUGCCACCCCUGUCCCCUUGUCUCAUCCAGACACAACCUGGCUUCUUCCUGCCCUCACGACCACAGAGCCACCCAAAGGGGAACCCAGCGCUCCUAAGCUCGAAGGGCAGAUGGGAGAGGACGGAAACUCCAUCAAGGUGAACCUGAUCAAGCAGGACGACGGCGGCUCCCCCAUCAGACACUACCUGGUCAGGUACCGAGCGAAGCUGUCCUCCGAGUGGAAACCAGAGAUCAGGCUCCCAUCUGGCAGUGACCACGUCAUGCUCAAGGCCCUGGACUGGAACGCUGAGUACGAGGUCUACGUGGUGGCCGAGAACCAGCAGGGGAAGUCCAAGGCGGCUCACUUUGUGUUCAGGACGUCGGCCCAGCCCACAGCCAUCCCAGCCAAUGGCAGCCCCACAUCGGGCCUGGGCACCGGUGCCGUCGUGGGCAUCCUCAUUGUCAUCUUCUUCCUGCUCCUGGUGGUGGCGGACAUCACCUGCUACUUCCUGAACAAGUGUGGCCUGCUCAUGUGCAUCGCCGUCAACCUCUGCGGGAAGGCCGGGCCCGGGGCCAAGGGCAAGGACGUGGAGGAGGGCAAGGCCGCCUUCUCGAAAGAUGAGUCCAAGGAGCCCAUCGUGGAGGUGCGGACAGAGGAGGAGCGGACCCCAAACCACGAUGGGGGGAAGCACGUGGAGCCCAAUGAGACCACGCCGCUGACGGAGCCCGAGCUGCCUGCUGACACCACAGCCACUGUGGAGGACAUGCUGCCUUCUGUCACCACCGUCACCGCUAACUCUGACCCUGUCACCGAAACCUUUGCCACCGCUCAGAACAGCCCCACCAGUGAGACCACCACCCUGACCUCCAGCAUUGCCCCCCCAGCCAGUGUCACCCCUGACUCUAACUCUGUGCCCCCUGGCCAGGCCACCCCUUCCAAGGGACCGGGCACUGCCGCCGCCUCCCCACCCCCAGCUCCAGCACCCACAGUCGCCCCCCUUGUUGACCUGAGUGACACCCCGAUCUCAGCCCCUACCGCCAGCAGUUUGUCCACCAGUGUCCUGGCCCCCCAGGGGGCCGUGCUCAGCCCGAGCGCCCCUGCCAGUGUGGGGGAGGCCGCCAAGGCCCCUCCAGCAGGCAAGCCAGCCCUCGCGCCAGGCCCCACCUCCACCGGGGUAGCCAGUCCCCUGGCCCCCACAGCUGCCCCUGCCCCAGAAGCCCCCCAGGCCACCCAGGAGGCUCCCCGCACCAAAGGCCUGGACCCCGAGCCCACCCAGCCAGGCGCCAGCAAGAGCACUGCAGAGGCAGCCCCCACGCCCCCUAACCCGGAGGGCGAGGCCGCCUCCUCCCGGGCCGCCAACCCCGCCCAGAGUGAGGACUUUAAAGUGGACGAAGGGAACUUCAAGACCCCAGAUAUUGACCUUGCAAAGGAUGUUUUUGCAGCCCUGGGCUCUCCUGCUCCCGCCGCUGGGGCCAGUGGACAGGCGCCUGCACUCGCUCCUCCCACUGCAGACACCUCGGUUCCGCCUGCACCGGCCCAGACCGAGAAGGGCCCCUUAGACACGAAACUGGAGCGCCAGGAGACAGAGACGCAGCCCGCACCCGCCGCAGCCAAGACGACCCCCAACGAGGCCCCACAGACAGCGGAGAGCGAGAGCAAAGCCUGACGGGUGACCGGAAAGGAGCCGAUCGGAACGGAAAGUGGCAGCAGCUUCGCCAGAGCGUUUCCAAUAUCACACACACACGCGCGUGCAUGCGCACUCGCAGACACACACACGCACGCACACACGCAUCUCAUUCCUCUAGUGUCUUUGCCUUUAAAAAAAAGCUAAACAGAUAAACACGGGAUUCCCUUUUUGUAGAUUUAUAGAAAGGGGCCCUUGUAAGCUCACUUGUGCGCUCACUGUAAGAAAAUGAAACAAAAGGGUUAAACCCACAGCCAAACUAGGACACUCCGUUCCCUGAAAUCGUUCAAAGUCAAACAAAAGGACCCCAAAUUAACAACCCAGCUCGGAAACAAAAUCUAGGUUCAGGAAGAUUGCUGGUGACACCCGCUGGCACAGACCAGCCUCAGAGAGAUGCUUCCCGGCGCUGAGACUAACCGAAUGAACAAAGUCCAAGUUUAUUUUUAUACUUUCAGUCAAGUUUGAACUCUGUAAGACCUCAUAAGUAAGUUAUAAUUUCUGUUCACUUUGUAUUUGCUCAGUAUGCAAAGUGUGUCGCCCUCCAGCGGAAUUCCGUUCCCACAUAGACUCUUGUUUCGCUGGAAGGACCCCAGACCGCAGUCCUGGGGGUGCAGAUCUCAAUUUGCCAGGAUCCGGGUUUCCUCCUUUUUCUUUCUCUUUUUCAUUCUUUUUUUUCUUUUUCUUUCCUCUCUGUUGGUAGAACUUUGUUUUCCAGUGUUUACAAGUUGACAGAUGUUUGACUUCGGUUGUGCUUACAUGUCCAUGCAAAAUAGCUGCCUUUUUUUUUUUUUAAGUUACAGACACUGCCCGGAGGCGGGAAGCACCGUCCUGGCCUUUGGCCCAGGAGGACGUCACAGAAUGUGCUUGUUUACAGUUGCUCGCCCCCCUUCUGAUGGGAAAUGUCUGCCUGUGCACAGCUCAGGUGGAAACCCAUCUCGUUUUGGACAAAUUUCGCUUCUUGAUUCUCAGUUCCUUUUUUUGUCUCUUGGGGGUGAGACCACUUUCUGAUCAGCCGCCACCUGCCUCUAUCUGGGAAGAAGGGAUCUGCUCCCCAGGCGUCCGCGUCCUUCUGAAGGAUUCCUUAGGCCUUGCUGAAUGAAGCAGAGAGAUUGUAUAGUUGGGGCUGGUCUUGGUGAACACACAUUUUACCCCAAACAUCCCCUUUUUGUAGAAAGCCAAAUAAAAUACAUGCCAUCCAAUUUCCUUUUGAGCCCAGAAUCUAGAUUUGAGCGGAAGAGCAUGUGUGCUUCAGGGAAUUAGUGUCUUUUUUUGGAAAUCUGUUGAACUAAUGUAACAUCGGCCUUCUGUUCCCUUAGGCAGCAUUUGUAGAAACAAAAGGAAACACCGACCUGCUGUCUGGAGUCAUAACACGACUUUCCUAGAUCAGAAACCAAGUUGGGGGAAAAUACAGGAACUUCAAGGGGGAUGGGAGGGGGGAGAAGGGAAAAGCCAGCCCUUUGUAUAGAAAUUCUGCUUUUCUUUUUGUCAUUCUGCUUUAGAACUGCAAGCUUGUGCAAUGUGGAUGCGUGAAUAUUUUAGUGUGAAAUGUGUUUUUGUCAUAGUAUUGAAAUAAAACUUCAGCAUAGUUUGGUUGUGGGAGAUGUAGCAGGUAGUUCAGAAGAAAUAUUCAGGAAACAAAAAUAACUCUUAAAAGGAAGUGAAGCCUUUAAACAAGGAAAAUGAACUAAAGUGACGACGACGAUGAGGCUGAGUAAGGCAGGCGGUGCCGGCGCACGUCUCUUCCUGGUGUGGCCACAAGGCCGCUGGCCCUCCUGCAGUCCGAUCCCUGGCGAGUGCUGAGAUGACAAUUUCAAACUGUGAAAAAUAAUGGUCUUGUCAUUUGCUAAAUGUGGGUUAUUUUGCAUUUUCUCAGCUCCUGGGGAUGGAAGUGGAGGUCGCAGGGCGCACAGCCCUGGACCCUUGAUUCCUGGGCUCGCACUCUGUGGCUCAGGCAUACAGGCCUCGGGAACAAGUGAAGUGCAGACAGGUCUUAGUGCAUGGCAGCAGGAGCGCCCAGCACGCCGGCUGGGGCCCCGGGCCUGGCAGGGAGUACCCCGUGGGCUCACCUCCACACCUGGGUGACGGCUCGGACCGCCUAGGCCAGGCCCAUGCUGUGCCUCAUGGAGGCUGCAUUUCACUCCGAGUGGCUGUGGCCAAGCGAACUGAUUCUGGCUCUGACAUUAGGACAAGAAGGAGGUAGUCAACCCUCAGAUAACCUGGCCCCGGGCAGCAGACCCCCCCUUCCGACCCCUGGCCCCGCCGGUAGCCGGAGCCCCCAUUGCCCACCCUCCGACCACCUCUCUCCCGUUAUACAUAGAUUUGUCUCUGCAUGCGUGAGCUUUCCUUUCUUUAAAACAAACCAGAACAGCAGUGCGCUCUCUCAAAUCAGAGGGAGUCGCUUCACUUUCAAGAUGGUCUUUUAUGUUAAGGGAUAAAAGCAUAUGGUUUUCCUUUCUUAAUCUUUUGAAGGCAGGGUCAGCUCUCCCAGCUUCUGAUGUCAUGUGUCUAUAUGUCUGUGUGCAUACAUACGUAUUCACACACAUGCCGGCGUGGCCAGGGUCUGCUGGAGAGGCACUCAGGUGCCACACGCAGGGUCUUGCGUCCUGAAGGGCUGAGGUGGACGUGGUGCAGCCCUGGAAGUGGACCUCUGUUCUCACACUUCCCUACGGAGCCUUCCAAGACCCAGGUUUUCACUCUAGGCUGUCUGUCUAGAUGGCGGUUUUCAGACCUCCAUCAACAUCCCUGCCCAGCAUUCCAUACUUUGGGGGCCUUCUCUCUCGUUGCAAACUUUUUACCAAGUGAACAUCAAUACCACCUUUGUUUCCAUUCUCACUGGUGUAAAUACUGAGUACUAACUGAGAAUUUUGACUUUGCAUUCUGUCAGAAUACUUGUGUUCAAUAAAACCUGAAAGAAACAAAGUA